AUGAAGCAUCACGCUACAGACGUCUGGGAACUAGACACAUUGUGCAUCAAGCCUGGGCCAUUCAAUGCCCCCCUUCAAGAUGGAAACACUCUCGUAUGGUGGAACACGCUUCUACCUCAUCCCCAUGCUCGUGUUCUUGCUGCUCUCGCCGUCAAAAUUUUCUCAGUACUGAUCAACUCAAUGCCUGACGAGCGAACAGGCUCAAAGCUGACAUGGCUCAACUCAGCGAUACGUGGCAACCAAAAUGCUCAAACACUCGUCGAUAUGAUUCAGAUUGGCCAGUGGUAUGGUACAAAGGUUGAAAACUCGAGACCACGCAAGGAACCCUACCGCCCCACAGUCAAGUUCCGCGAUAUCGACAAAGACCUCCUUCGCGCUGUUGCCACAGGAGUCAAGCCAGCUACUGACAAUGUCACACCUGACGUGGACACUGGACACGACAGCGAGGACUCGGAGGACUUGCCGGAUGAUGUCGAAGAUGACGUCGUAGACCGUCGCGAAGAUGAUGAGAUGCCGGAGGACGAUUUUUUGCAGGUGGACGAAGAUAUUCACCUUGGCUCUCCUUUAUUGCGUGAUUUGAUCUCUACGGUACCUGUCGUCGGCUCGCAGAAUGUUCGAGCGGCCCAGGACAAUGUGCCAGUGUCGAAAAAGAGGGCGACCAACUGGAAUUUCUAAUUUUUCACAAUUU